CCGAAAUUGGAUGCAAAUUGCAUCCAACACUAUCCUAGAAAGUGACAUCAGAAAGUUUGACCCAUUAAUGUGCUUGUCAGUAGUUUUUGCACUUUCGAACUGUUCCAAAAAUGAGUGUGUGCAUAGCUUCAACGAAGAGGGCCAGGUGGACAUUCAACGUGAAAACAUGGCAGCCCACUGAAGCUCAGUUCUUGCUUGCAUCAGCGUGCGUUCAAGAAGAAGAAAAGGCUCGCAUUGGUAGAUUUGUCUUUAAGAAUGAUGCCAAAGCUACUCUUAUUGGUCGAUUAAUGAUGAGAAAGUUUGUCAGUAGCACUUCUGGCAUUCCUUAUUCUGAAGUGAAGUUCUGGAGGGAGGAGAAAGGAAAGCCUUAUGUUUUGAACCCUGUGGUUAACUUCAACAUAUCACAUGAUGGCGACCACGUGGUUCUCGCAGGGGAAGAAGUUAGCACCAAGGUGGGGGUGGAUGUGAUGAGGUUGGAACACCGGAGCGGUACAGGUGUGGAAGAGUUUUUCCGUACCAUGUCGCGACAGUUCACCGCAGAAGAGUGGGAGUGUAUCCGUGGCAAGUCGCUUCCCUCCAAGCAGUUGGCUACGUUUUACAGACACUGGUGCUUAAAAGAGAGCUACCUCAAGGCUCUGGGCAUGUCCAUCACAAGCUUGGGUCGUUACGGUUUCAAGACUGAGGAGCCGGACCUUCGGGUUGGAACUGUCGCUCGGGGGACUCGAGUCUAUGUUGAUGGUAUACUCGCAGACAAUUGGUGCUUUGAAGAGACUAUGCUGGACGAAGAUCAUUGUGUUGCCGUGGCUCUUUCAAAGAGCACUGCAGAUUGUAGCCAGGAUCAUUGUCUCUUCCAUUUCUUGGACUUUGAGCAACUGAUGAAAGGAAGCGAACCCAUUUUGCAGCCAGAUUUAGAAUACACGCGUAAUUUCUUUGCAAAAAAUGAAAAGAUUAUAAGGCCAAUUGCAUCAAUCUUAGACACAAAUGACAAAAAUUAGUGUAAUGUUUAAUAGAAAAGGGUAUAAAGGUUUUUUUUAUUUGCUUUUAAUUAUAUUUAGGUAUUAUGUUGACAUUAAGUUCAGUUCAAAUUGUUGAUUUUUAUUGUAGAAAAUGAGCAGCAUAAGAAUUAAUAUUUUAAAGAAAGAUGUUUAUGAGAACCUCAGGUAUGUAUUUUGUGUCUGCAAUUAACUAAAUACAAUAUUAUUUUUUUACAUGUGGUUUAUUAUCAUAAUCUUUACACUAUUAUGAGAAAAUAAUGAAGUAUAAAUAUUGGCAGUGGGCUUAGAGAAAGGUAUAAAAAAUUGAAAUAAUUAUAACUGAAUCAGGAUUAGAACAGGGGCUCUAUAAAAUGUAAGUUCACUGUUUUACUAUAGUACCAUCUGACUGGGUCUGUAUCUUUGUGACCAUGACCAGACUAUUUGAUUUUCUCGUACUUAUUGUGGGUGCCUUCUCUACCUCCCUCUACCCCCCCCUUCCCCUCCCUUUUCCAAUUCUUAAGUUUUUUUAUUUCACAUAAUACAUGAAACUUUGAUCACAACUAGGUCUUUUUUCUGUCUUGUUAUUCUUAUAAAACACUUACAGUUGCAUUACCUCACAUUUUUGCAUUUAAAAAAAUAAUUAAUCCCAUUGUUUUAAGAAAUUGUUUCAUAUGUGCUUUCUGUGCAGGAAAAUAUAUGUAAUAAAAAAGUUAUAAGUUUCUUGAGGUUAAACCCCUUCCUUUACCCUCUUAAUGGUUUACAAUUUUUGUACCAAAUGAUUACUGCCACCUAAAUAAAAAUUAUCUAGAGAUGCUUUUAUGUUUGCUAUAGUUUUACUGGGUGUCAGUAUUUUUUCACAUUUUAUUACUAUUUUAUUUUGUAUCUGGUCUCAUUGACAGAUCAUUUAAUUUUGAAUACAAAUACAUAUACUGAACAUUUUUAAGCAAAUUAGAAACAAAUUGAAUAUUUCCUUUGGUAAAAAAAACCAUUCCAGUAUUUGGCUAGAGUGAUAUAAGGAGAAUAUGAAAAACCUAACUUAAGAGGCCUGCCUACCUGGGAACUAUGGUGUGGAGAGCUUCAGAAGAAGCCACGCAAUUUGAAAACUGCUCAAGAUAUCAGAGUGGUGUUGGUUUAUGAAAAGCAUUAAAGAAUACACUGAAGACGGAUGGGUAGUUCUGUAUUUCAUUUUUAAACUGUAAUUUUAGGAGAGUGAAAACGGAUAAAACACAUGUCUUCAGGAUAAUUUUUAGACAUGAAACAUUUGGUAAAGGUUCUUGAAAGCACUAAAGAGACUUCCAUUUCACCUUUAUCCUCAUUUCUUUGCCAUCCAAUAUGGUUACCGCUCACAUUUCAUAGUUGUCCUAUGCACGAUGAGAAGACUGCACUCCAGUUAGAGCCUUGCACUUAAAUAGGAGAUAUUGCACUAGGAACACUAGUGAGCAUCACACUUAUCAUCCCGCCUCACUAACACAGAUACACCCCUGACUAGGCGGGCCCCUUAAGAUGGCAGGGCUAGAAUUUUGAACACAAGUUUUUCCAAAUGUGAGGUCAUUGGUUUACAAUUUCACCACAGCUUUGUUUUCUCUACAUACACUUGUCUUUUUUUUUACCUCGUGUAAUUUUGUGUUAUGUGCAUUCAGAUUGUCUGUACAUUUUAUGUUAUUUCUCUGAACGGACUGUUUACUAUGUUUAUUACUUAUCUUAUAUCUUACAAUGUGUUACUCUUUUGUAGUAAAAUUGUUACAAAGGUAAAGGCAGAACUGUGCAACAAGUUAUAGUUUGUUACUUUUAUUUUCGCUGUUUUCAGCUGAGAAUAGAUAUAUUUUUUUUGUGUGAGGGAAGCAUAGAGAAGUGACAUUACAGUUUUCAUAUUUUCAAACUGCCCAUUCACAUAUGCAAGUUAUUUUUAUUGAGAGUGAAAGCUAGGUAAUGUUUGUUCUUAAUAUUGUAAAUUAAUUUUGUAUGCACAUCUUACCAUGUUUUUAAUUAGGUUUACCAAUUUUUGUUUUAUCUUUUUUAGUAAGUCAUAAUAUAUAAUUUAUUUUAUAAUUUUAGUUUUUAUUAUGUUUGCAUUUGCAAGAAACUCCAGUUUACGAUAAAAACUUUGUGUGUUAGUGGAAAGUUUCUUUGCCGAAAUAGUAUUAGUUCCUUGGUAAUCAAUUCAAAUUUAAACUUGUGCGCAACAUUAAACGUACUACUGCAGUGUUUGCAAAAAAUUCCAAUAUCGAAGCACAUUAGCUUUUGAAAUGGUACUUAACAAUAUCAUAGUAGAUAUAUAUCCAGAUUGUUUGGUGUAUGAUAUAUAAUACAAUCUAGGUGAUAGGUGGGCAGGUUUCAUAUUAAAAUUAAGUACUGGUAUCAGAAAAAUUAGUAAUUGAGACUAUUUGGGCUUUGAGUGGCUGUGAAGGAUGCCUUUUGAGUGAUGCAACAUGCAGGUAGGAUGGGUUUAAUUUUGGCCAAGGUCAGACUUGCUGUUAAUAGUUAGCUGGGCUAAAAGGAUACCUAAACAAAACUUGCAGAGCAAGACUGUUAUGAAGCUGAGAAGAAAUAGAAUAUUUAAGUGUGAUAUUUAUACCCUAAAUAUUUAUGAAAAUUGGUGUUUAAUCUUAAUCCUAGAUAGUUACAUUUAACAAUUUCAUAUUUUAAUCUCUUAAAUUUCCACUCUAGGAGCAAUAUCCAUAAGCAAUAAUUUAUAUUUUAUCAUAUGGUUUAUAUUAUAAUAAUAACUAUUAUUUGAGAAAAAAAAAUUGUAUUUUUCUAUGAAUCCUGGUUUCUUUCCAAGAAUUGAUAAUUUUUUUUAUUCUAUAUAAGUUUAUAGAAAUUGGCUAGGUUCUUUGAAAAGGGUGAAUAGUAAUAAGAUAAUCUGAAAUAAUGUAAUUAAUGUGUACAUAUAUUAUUAUGUAUUACAAUUUUUUUCUGCUUAAUAACUGUAAUUUUGUUUAAAUGGUUAAAAAAAAUUGUAAUUUAAAAUUGCAAUGGGAGUUACUAUUUUUUUUGUGAGUAAUUGCAUUUCUAGGUGGUGCUCCUGCUAGAUGAGGUAUUCUCCCAUAAGAAAUAGAAAAUGGUUUACUAUCAUAAAGUUAACAUGGACUUGGCUACAUAAAACCCAUCUCCCCUUACUUAUUGCUAAAAAAAAUGCUGCAGUACGCACCAGAAAGAAAGAAGAAAAGUACAAAACAAGAAAUCUUGUGGAACCACAUGAGAAUUUACUGUACUAGUAUGUUGGUUCUCUUUUGCAGUGUUAGUUUGGUGAAUAUGAGAGAUUUUUAUGAGGCCUUGAUUUAUAGCAUUAUGUUUAAACAUGCAUUCCACAUCCUAAAAUAUGUACUUAAAGUACCUUUAGUGACAGACAAAGGGAAAAAAACUCAACCAUGCCUUUUCGACUUUAUUGUUCAUCAUGUGCAUUGGAUGCAGGAAAGUAAACAUCAGAAAUAAACCUAGCUGAAACUUUUUAACAAUAAAAAUAAUUAGUCAUAUUUUUCAUUGAGAGGAAAAAAAUAUUUCCAGGACAUCUGCAUGGUUAAGUUGUAGCUUAUAAGGCUGAGAGUGCAUAUGGUUGCUGGGGGAAUAUCGUGGGAGUACCAAACUCCACUUAACCUCGCACAUAUAUUGACCUAGCUAAGAUGUUUCUCAAGUUAGGGUAUGAACCAUAUCUUGAACAAUUGGUAAGUAAUUAAAAAAAAAAUUUUGUUUAGUUAAUUUACCUUAAUUAAAAUACAAUUUUUUUACUUAAUUUAUAUGAGUAAUUGCCUCAUAAUUACUGCUUGUCAUCCGUUCUCACAUGCAUGUUAUUCUAAAUUAAAUCUUUAAGACGUGUUUUACUUUAGAUUGUCGCGGUUAGAAAUUUUGCAGGGUUUUUGAACUCAAAUUUGGUGGUAGGAUCUAUUUCUGGAGAGUGUCGGAGAUUUUAUAAUGUUGUUUUAAGGUCAGUUAUUAAGGGUAGUUUCAGUUUCUGAUAGAAGUUUAAUUUGUCGCAAGGUUUAAAACUAUUAAAAAUAAAAUAAUUUAAUAAAUAUUCAAUUAAAAAUUUAAAUCCAACAAAUCAAAUGUAAAAUUAAAUCCAUCAAAAACUAUAAUGUGUUUUCUUUAUCUUCAUUGGGGAGAAAACAGUAACUCAGAGGACAUGCUCGUUUGGCAUUUACUUAUAAUUUGUAAAAGGCAUUAGUCACAACUUCUGUUAACACCUUAAAGUACCUACUAGGAUCGAAACAAAUAGGUCUGUCAUCCUGUACAGGAUGUCUGGUGAGAUAUGAAUUAAAGGAGAUUUUUAAUAAAUUACUUAACACGUAAAACUUUAUCCUUACAAGUAAACCCACAGUAAAUAAACUCCUGUUACUUUAGAAAAAAUUUCAAAUACUUCCUCCACUUAAACUAAAAUCAUAACCCACAAUCAAGUAAACACUUGUUAAACUUCUAUCAGAAACUAAAAAAUUCACUUAAUAAUCAACCUUAAAACAACUUUAUAAAAUCUCCAUCACUCUCCAGAAAUAGAUUCUACCCGGCACCUCCACCAACUUUGAUUUCAAAAACCCUGCAAAAUUUCGAACUGCACCAUUAUAUUAAUUUCUUAGGGGAAAAAAAUAGGUAAUUAUUUUAGGAAUGCUAUUGGAAUCUAUACAUUUUAUGAAGCAUGUAAUCUGAAUGACAUGUAAAAUUACAUAAAAAUAUAAUUAGUACUAUAGUUGGGCCGUUGUAGGAACGGACUUGGCUCCGCCUGCAACCAUGAGCGAGAGAGACAGAGUGACGCGUGCAAGAGCCAACCGGCGACGACCCGCUGGCUGGCCGCGGCGCAGUGUUGCCACGUCCAGCAGUAAUGCUCCAUGCAGUGUCGUGGGCGUACGGCCAGUUGCUGUGUGCUGACACACAAGGAUGGAAGGUGGUAGAAAACGGUGCGUUUUGCGGUCGCAAAGCAGAGAGGUGGUAACUCGAGUGCGCCAGUAUUUCGAGCGUGAGAAAACAAACAAUGGGCCGUUGUUACCUGUUUUGCAAGCAGUAAACAGAAAUCAGAAGCAGUUGGAAUUGCAAAGACAACUGUUAUACGGAUCUGCAACGAGAAAGAUUAUGCCGAUACUCAACCAAUUACUGUCGACGCCAGGGAAACAUCGUAAUAGACGCAAGCCUGUGACCAGCAUUGACAACUUCGAUCAAGAUGCUAUUCAACGGCACAUAUAUCAGUACUACACACGUGGAGAGAUACCAACCGUAAGGAAACUACUUGCAUCGUUGUCUGAGGCAGGUUUAUUUUCUGGAGGCAAGACAUCAUUAAAGAUAACAAUACAUUCGUUGGGGUUCAAGUACAAGAAAUACAACAGAACUAAGAUAUUAAUGGAAAAACUAUAUCCCAGACGGGAGUGGGCAACGUUCGCGGAAAUGAAGACAAACCUCGGCAAUUUUGUUGAACUAUUACGUGUCCGUCAAUACGUUCAUUAUAUUACCAGCUGCGUGUUCGUGUCCGCAUCCGUGAAUGUGAUUGUAGAACGUGCCUGAGAACAGUGGCGGCUCAGGGUGUGAUGUCACGUCGGGGUGGCACAAAGACGUGGCAACGCUGCCUGUUGUGUCCAACGACUACCUGGACUGCCUCCCACCCUUCUUGACCUCUCCGACCAAUCUUUACACUUCUUCGCGCGAAGUGCGUCGUCGUUGGCAGGUCUCGCAGGGAGGGGCCAAGUCCUUUCCUACAACGGCGCGACUAUAACUACCUAUAGUUUAAUUGUGUCUCAGUGUGGGAGCCAUAUCAUACAUGCAUUAGUUGAAACAAGUGUUGCUUGAUACAGUAAAAGCUCUUUCAUGUUCUGGACCACAGCCAUGCCAGGUUAACAAUUUUGCUGGAGUAUAAAAUAUUAACAUAGUUUUAACUGGAAUACUUAAAAAAAAAAAAAUCUGCUAAUUUGAUGUGUAUGCAAUACGUGGACCUAAUAAAACAUUAAAUUUUGCACUAUUGAAAUAUGUAUUAUGAUUAGUGGUUUAUUAUGAAAAUUUUGAAUUAUUUUUUUUGAAAAAUAUUAAUUUAUUUGAAACAGUACUCCUUCCGAAUGAAUAAAUAAAUAAAUAAAUAAAUACUUAAGAAGGACAUACAUGUCUCAUCACCGAAUGUAGCAUACCGUUUCUUGCCAAAUGCUUUGCGAGCAACCAACUCAAAGUCCAUUUUCAGUAGCCUGUUGCAAAAAUGUUAUUUUAUUGUUAAAAUUAAAAUUUAAUUUACUGGCCACAUGUCUUCAGAACAGAAAGAGAGAUAUAUAUAUAUAUAUAUAUAUAUAUAUAUA